AUGGGUAUUCGAUAUUCCUUAAUUUCUUCUGAAGAACGUGCUCAAGCACAAUCAGAGGAGCUCAUCAGGGAAGCGCGCUUGAGGCCAUUCAAGUUAGGGGAUUUGUUCAGGAAUAAACAGAAAAAGUACAAGAAAGAGCUUCUGACAGCACGAAGUCGUUUCCAAAGCCGUUUCGAGGCCAAUGCUUGCCCGAAAGAACAACUCGAAAACUUCAGAAACCUCGGGUACGUGAGCCGAGGGGCAUUCGGAAUCGUCUUCAAAGUGAAGUAUCUCAGAGACGGAAGGGUCUUCGCGUUAAAACAACAGCCGAAACAGAGUUUUAAUGAAGCAAAUCGACCAAGAGCUUUGAAGGAGAAAAAAGUUCAAUACGCUCUGCAGAACCACUUCGUCUUGGAAUUGGUUUUCGCGUUCCAGGAUGCCGAGAACCUGUAUCUCAUCUCACCGUACGCGGAGCACGGGGAUCUUGAGAGAUUCAUGGGGGCCGGUCGACUUUCGGAGAGGGUUGUCAAACUGCUCGGAGCACAGAUGAUCUUGGGACUCGAGUAUCUGCACUCAUGCGAUGUUUGCUAUCGCGAUCUCAAGCCGAACAACGUCUUUAUUUUCGAAGACGGUUAUCUCAAACUCGGCGAUUUCGGUCUGGCCAAGAUGAUGCGCCAAGAAGACACCACGUACACGUUUACUGGGUCGCCCAGAUACAUGGCUCCAGAAAUGUUUCUUGAAGACGGAUAUCAACGAAUUGUUGACUUCUACGCUCUAGGCGUCACACUGUUCGAAUGUCUGUACGACCAGCUUCCCUUCGCGGGUCGUAAUUGGUCGGAUCCGCCCGCUGAGGGCAGAAAAGUAAUUCCAAAGUUCCCGGAGCAUGUUGACGAGGAAUCGAGCGCUUUCGACUUCUUUUGCUGGUUGUUGGCGGAUAACCCUAAUUUUAGACUCGGAGUCAGACAUGGAGUGAACGGCAUCAAAGAGCAUCCCUUCUUCGACGGGGUCGAGUUCAAGUACUUCAUUUCAAAGAGGGCGCGGCUGCGGGUACUGCUCCCUCCGAUUAAUCCGGCGUUUGUCGAGCGAGAGCAAAGUUGGCCAAGACCCAGCGGACUUGAAGAUAUAGAUCCUUUCAUACACUUCUGA